AUGAGGGCUGUGCCCAUCAUCCGCAGCAGGACCGGCUGCUUCACAUGCCGGCGCCGGAAGAAGAAGUGCAACGAGGAGAAGCCCGUCUGCAGCGGAUGCAAGCGAAACAAGUUGGAGUGUAACUGGCCGGCCGGGUUGCCGGUACGGGAACAUGGACAAGGACAGCCUCGUGGUCGGGAGAGAGCUCCAUCGACGACGUCAAAACCUGCCGCUUCUGCUGCCGCGGCGGCAACGCCUGUUCCGCGCUCACCCAGGCAAGAUGACGUACAAUCACCAGUGAGCCCGGCCUUGCAGCGGCCACAGCUGGCGGCGUCUCCUCGGCAUGGGAGCAUUGGAGCGGAGGUUGUGUUGCAGAAUGAUGGCGAGAGCUCGGCUGCUCGACGAUUUUCCAAUGGACCGUCGGAUGGGUCGUCGUCUGGGGCCAGCGGUGGCAGCGUCAGAAACGGCGACCAGACGGAGGAUGACUUGGAUAACGCAGUGUCUCCAGUAUCUCCAUUGUCGCCCUUUGGGGGUCUUCUGGCCCUUGACGUGGAUAGUGCCUCGCAACAGCGGCGUAUGUCGGACGUAUCUGGCAUCUCGCCGUUCGCAUUUAUCCCUGGUCGGGAAGGCUUCAGCGGCGAAAGCCUCUAUCUACACGACAACAUCCCCAUGAAUAUGAGCCUGUUGCCAUCGCAUGGCCAUGAUUCCUUUGAGCUGUUGAGCUACUACCUUGAACGCACGGCGAAUAGCAUGGGCAACGGGUCAACAGACAUUAACCCGUUUGUUGCGAAACUCAUCCCUCUUGCCUUCUCCGACCCUCUUGUAUUGCAUCUUAUUCUGGCGCAAAGCGCUGUGCAUCGACAAUCCGCCAAGCAGUGCGGAUCGGGCGGCGAAGUGGCAACCCGAUAUUACGCAGAUUCGUUACGAAUGUUUCGGAAUCUCGUUGGGGAAUAUGUCUCAGGGAAAGAAGGCACCAAUCUUGUCGUGACUGUCGGCAGUCUUAUUCUAUGUCUAACAGAGGUUGCCAGAGGCGAUGUGCGCGGCACUAUAUUCGAUCAUCUGGCAGCGUCUAAAUCUCUCUUAACAAGUCUCCUCAGCCGACCUGGACCGGAAUCCACUGACGACCUGCCAGAGUUUCUCGUGGAGUACUACAUGCACAUGGUGGCAUCUAGCAUGAUGUCCAAAGACCCGCGAGGUAGCUCCCAGCCAGCCCUUAGCCCGGCCAUCGAGAACGCCGCCAAACUGUUGUUGGAGAAGAAUUACAUGGGACAGCUCUGCGGGUGCUGGCUGGAAAUACUGACGCUGAUACCCCAAGUGUUCCAGCUCGGACACAACAUGCUGCGGACAGGCGACGAGCCCGGACUGGCCACUUCACCCGACGAUAUCAUCACUUUUGGCCUGCUGCAGUCGCAAAUCUUGGGAUUCAUUCCCUCCCUCGUGGCAAGCACCAACAGCCAACUGGCCGGCCUCAUAUUCAAGCAAGCAACGCUUCUCUACCUCUGGAGCAUCUUUGGCACGCCUCGACAGGCAGCGCAGCAGACCAUGCAAGCAGACCUCAUGAACGGUGCCGUGUUGGAGGCUGUGGCGCUGUUGAACCAACUGCCGGCGUCGGAACGGGUCAAUACCAGUCUCUGCUGGCCAUUGACCGUGAUAGGUUGCUGCACAACGAACCCAGAUGUACAGCAGACGUUGCGGGCUCGUCUAGAAACGAUGAUUGAAACGAUUGGGCUGGGAAAUAUGCGGCAGACGCUGACACUGCUGGAACAUGUUUGGGAGCAGCCGCCUGCGGACAUCAGUCCCUGGACGCUGCGGGCGGUGAUGCAACGAUACGAGAUUUGGAUAUCUUUUGCGUGA